AUGGUGGAAGAAGAUGAAAAGGAGGGACGCGAGAGUCUUGUCGGUGGGUUGGAUCUUGGAUCGUGGCCUCUCAAAAUUAAUCCACGUCCGACUACACGUUCGGCGCUCGUUCUCUUCGCUGCUGGUAUCACAAGUCCGUCCUCGGCGCGGGCCAAGGUUUCGAUCAAGCUGCUCGUCGACGAGAGGGAGAAUGGCUCUCAAAACAGACAGUGGUUGGCCCCAAUUCGCCGCCUUCGACGGGAGGGGAGGCGGGUGACGAGGGGAGCCGCGGUCGCUCUCGGGCAGGACGACGACGACGACGACGACCAAAGGCUCAAUGUCGAGCUUGGCCUACAAGUUCUGUUGUCGUCCGUUUGCGUUCCUUUUUCUCGCCAAUCUCGUCAAUCGCCGUCCGAUGCUGUGGCCGUUGCGGGUGGUGAUGUUCGUGUUGGUGGCAUCAAGCGUCAAUGGGCCUUACUCGUCUUUGUGAGCACGAUGCACGUCGUUGCCUCUUCGCGUCUUAGUGCUUUCGUCGGGGCCUCGUUCGUCCUCGUUCGCUGGCUCGCAGUUUGGUUCCCUGCUUCACAAAUCACAAAGGCGGUGCAAUUUGCAAUGGGAUUGAAGGCAUGCAAUGGCAGAGAGAGAAAGAAGGGGAGUGAGGGCCUUUGUUGCGGAGAGAAAGGUGUGCAGUGGGCAAUUGUUUGUUUUGGGAAGGGACUGGCUGGCUGCUCAGGAGGAAGGAGUUCUGGGCAGGUUUCGGUUGCGGGGCCUACUAAGGCGAGGAAGGAGACGAGGAAGGAGGGAAUGGCAGGCGGCUGGCGGAAGACGGUGGACUUGACAAUAGUGGGCAGUGGGCGGUAG